CAUCAUUCAUAAUAUAGAUUUCGUUGAGAAAUAUCGUGUGGUAAACAUAGAUUACAUUUAACCUAAGAUAACCUUAAAAUGGUGUACCGGUUAGGAGCAUUAGUCCUAGUGUCGGGCUAUAUUUCCGUCACGCUCGCCCUACCUCCGUGCGUCUGCAACAGGAAUCUUCAGCCGGUCUGCGGUUCUGACGGACAAACAUACAACAACGAGUGCUUGCUCGACUGUGCGGCUACCAAAAAGCCAGACCUACGUUUCGCAAGACCCGGUAAUUGCGAUGGAUCAAGGUUAAAGCGGGAGAAUAAAGAGACAUAUUGCGCCUGCCCAGAUAAUCUAGACCCAGUGUGCGGAAGCGACGGCAUAACAUACCCCAAUGAAUGUCUUCUAAAAUGCAAUCCUAGUCUAGAAGUGGAACAUCAGGGUCGUUGCAGAGAGAAAAGGGCGAACGAGUUCCUUUGCGCUUGUCCAGCUAACCUUGACUAUGUGUGCGGAAGCGACGGCAAGACAUACCCGAAUGAAUGCGCUCUGAGAUGUACACCUAACGUAGCAGUUCAGUACAAAGGGCAGUGUAGAGUGAAACGCGAAGAAAUCCAAGUAGCGUCUUUAAAUCUGCCCAAAUGCGAGUGUUCGUCCGAAUCCAACCCAGUCUGUGGAACCGAUAGUCUCACAUACCAAAACCCUUGUUUACUAAACUGCGGUAAGGCCUACAAUGCCAACUUAGAGUUAAAACAUGACGGUCCCUGCGAGAUUGUUAGAGCGAAGCCUGUUGGCAAUGUGCCAAAUUGUACUUGCACUAGAAAUUUGAGUCCGGUCUGUGCGUCCAAUGGCGUCACGUAUGGAAACUCCUGCAUCAUGAAGUGUGUGAGUGAAGAUUUGACCAUGGUCCGUGAUGGGCCUUGCGAAAUUGCGUAUUAAUGAAACCCUGCUUUUUGAUUUCCGAACUGUCCUUUCGCGCCAAAUUUAUGUUUUUACAAAAUGGCGGAUGUGAAAAAUGUUGUAUUUUGUAUAAUCCGAAAAAUGUAUCAGUGCCAGUGAAGAUAAAUAAAAGAUAUAAUAAC